GGAGAAGGGCUGAAGCAAUUUAAGCAAAUCUUAUUGGUGAAGAAGUCUCAUGUAUUGACUUUUUUUUUUAAAGAGCCAUUUCCUUUCAGUUUUAAGCAUAUCACUGUGUUUGCAAGGCAACAACCUUCUUUCAAUCUGGAUAAUAGCUGCAAGUUUCUGUAUUUCUAAUUCAGAGGUGUUUUCACCAAUGCAAAAGACAUGGUUGAAGAGCUAGUUUAACUUUAAAAUGUUCUACUUAGAAGAUGGUGAUGAGGAGAAGAAGAAUGCUCAUGAUGAAGGCGCAUUAGAUAAACCUGAAAAUGUUUUUCUUGGAAAAACCCCAUCUGGUAUCCUGUCUCAAACCAUGAAUUAUGUGGGGCAGCUGGCUGGGCAAGUCAUUGUCACUGUGAAGGAGCUAUACAAGGGCAUUAAUCAAGCCACGCUCUCUGGAUGCAUUGAUGUCAUUGUGGUUCGGCAGCAGGAUGGCACCUAUCAGUGUUCUCCAUUUCAUGUUCGGUUCGGGAAGCUUGGAGUCCUCAGAUCAAAGGAAAAAGUGAUUGACAUAGAAAUCAAUGGCGAUGCUGUGGACCUUCACAUGAAGCUGGGGGAUAAUGGAGAAGCCUUCUUUGUCGAGGAGAUUGAAGAGGAAUAUGAAAAACUUCCUGCCUACUUGGCUACCUCACCAAUACCUACAGAAGAUCAGUUCUUUAAAGAUAUUGAGACUCAUUUGAUUCAGUCAGGUGGAAAUGAAAGGAUGUGUCAGAGUGCAGAAAUCUCACACAUAAUGGAGUCAGAGACCGUUUUCAACCCAGGUUCUGUGAAGAAGAAAAAACGGCGGAAAAAGAAAUAUAAACAAGACAAGAAGGAAGAUCAGACCUCAUCUCCUGGAAUGGAGGACACCUUUGAUGUCGACAUAAGUUCUGAUGAUGAAAAAGGAGCCCAGCCUAUGAGAGGACCUUCAGCUGCUACAAUGAAGGAGGAAGACUAUAAGGAACCUUUGAUCUUCCAUUCCAGUGAUCAUUACCCAUUAUCUGAUGGAGAUUGGUCCCCUUUGGACAAUGCCUUCUCCCAGACCGUCUGUCCUAAGAGUGAUUCAGAGCUCGAAGUGAAACCUGCUGAGAGCUUGCUCAGAUCAGAAUCUCACAUGGAGUGGACUUGGGGAGGUUUCCCAGAGUCUACCAAGAUCAGCAAGAAAGAGAGAUCAGAUCACCCUCGAACGGCUACCAUCACACCAUCAGAAAAUACUCAUUUUAGGGUCAUCCCCAAUGAUGAUAACCUGGUAAAUGAAGUUGAGAAGGAUGCUUCAUUGGAAGACACUGUGUGUACAAUAGUAAAACCAAAGCCACGGGCACUCUGUACUCAGAUGAGGGAGACGGCUGAGACAACUUCUGCUGCUUCUGCAAUCCUUGAACCUCCUCUCGAAAGCUCACAAAUUUUAUCUAUGUUAGAUGCAGAUCCUCUCCCUAGCCCAUCAGCGGAGCCUCCAUCAUCAGAAAUAAAGCCAGUCACUAAACUGGAUUCCCCAUCAAAGAAGAAAGGUGUCCACAAGAGAAGCCAGCACCAGGGGCCUGAUGAUAUUUACCUAGAUGACCUAAAAGCCUUGGAACCUGAAGUUGCAGCGCUCUAUUUCCCCAAAAGUGAUUCUGAUCCAGGUUCUAGACAGUGGACGGAGUCUGAUACUUUGUCUGGCUCUCAGUCUCCUCAGUCAGUGGGAAGUGCAGCUGCCGACAGUGGCACAGAAUGCCUCUCUGAUUCUGCAAUGGACUUGCCUGAUGUGACCCUGUCACUUUGUGGGGGCCUCAGUGAGAAUGGAGAGAUAUCAAAAGAAAAAUUCAUGGAACAUAUCAUUACUUACCAUGAAUUUGCAGAAAACCCUGGACUUAUAGAUAAUCCUAAUCUAGUGAUACGGAUCUAUAACCGGUACUAUAACUGGGCCUUGGCUGCUCCCAUGAUCCUAAGCUUACAAGUGUUCCAGAAGAGCUUGCCCAAGGCUACGGUUGAAUCCUGGGUCAAAGACAAAAUGCCAAAGAAGUCUGGGAGAUGGUGGUUCUGGCGCAAAAAGGAGAAUAUGGCCAAACAGCCACCAGAGGCCAAAGAAGGGAAAUCUGAGGUUCCACAAGCAAGUGACUUACCAAUGAAUGCAAAAGAACAAACAAAUAUAAGGCCAACUGAAAAUGAUUCAUCUAGUGACGAGGACUCCCAGGAGCUUAAAGAUUCCCUCAAAAUUGAUCCUGUCCCAGUAGAACACUUGAGCCAUGGAAGCACUACUUCUUAUAAGAAGUCACUUCGACUUUCUUCAGACCAAAUUGCAAAACUGAAGCUCCAAGAUGGCCCAAAUGAUGUCGUGUUCAGCAUUACAACCCAGUAUCAAGGCACCUGUCGCUGUGCGGGAACCAUUUACCUGUGGAACUGGAAUGACAAGAUCAUAAUUUCGGAUAUCGAUGGAACAAUAACCAAGUCUGAUGCUUUAGGGCAGAUUCUCCCACAACUAGGCAAAGACUGGACUCAUCAGGGCAUAGCAAAACUCUACCAUUCCAUCAAUGAGAACGGGUACAAAUUUCUGUAUUGCUCAGCUCGGGCCAUUGGAAUGGCAGACAUGACACGAGGGUACCUGCACUGGGUCAAUGACAAAGGAACUAUCCUUCCUAGGGGGCCUUUGAUGUUGUCUCCUAGCAGCUUGUUCUCUGCUUUUCAUAGGGAAGUGAUAGAGAAGAAACCUGAAAAAUUCAAAAUUGAGUGUUUGAAUGACAUCAAGAAUUUGUUUGCUCCAAGUAAAGAACCAUUCUAUGCUGCUUUCGGAAAUCGACCAAAUGAUGUGUAUGCCUACACACAAGUUGGGGUCCCAGAUUGUAGAAUAUUCACGGUGAAUCCCAAAGGAGAAUUAAUACAGGAACGGACCAAAGGGAACAAGUCAUCGUAUCACAGGCUGAGUGAACUUGUAGAACAUGUGUUCCCACUCCUCAACAAAGAACAGAAUUCUGCUUUUUCAUGCCCAGAGUUCAGUUCCUUUUGCUACUGGCGAGACCCAAUCCCUACGGUGAACAUGGAUGACCUGGCUUGAAUGUUGUCACCCCUUCGGGAAAAGGGGUCUGCUCUUCAGAUGCUCAGGCUCAUUGUGAAGAGUGAAAAGCACUUCUGAAGUGAGGGCACAUUCAUCUUACCUUAGAUCCGUAGGUGUUGAGGCACAAUCCAGAGCAGUGAAAGGCACAGCAGCCUUUUUAGCUUCACUCUCCUGGCUUGACUUGGGGAUUGAUUGUAUCUGGAACUUAACACUGCCAGAGCCUAUGGUACCAGAAGGUGGUAGAGUGAAGACGAAGCAUUAGCCUUAAGUUUGUAGUCCUAUGCUUCUCUUGUUGCAAUCCUGUUGUAUUUGGUGGUUUGUUUUGGUUUUGUUUUUUCUUUUUUUUCCCCUUUUAAUUGCUUAAAUUAGAAGGUGGAAAGGAGAAGCCAAAAAAAAAAAAGUUCACCAAAAAGUUAUGGAAGGCAGAUUGGAGUAGUCCCCAACCAGGCACUUUGGAUUUAGUGUUUCCGUGUAUUACCAGGGUAUUUUCAGAGGAUUAGUUGUUCGGUUAACUGUUACAGGGCCAAUUGAUAAUGUAGGUACAAAAUCUGUAUAUAUCUGUUCUUAAAAACCUUACUCAGAAAAUAUGAAAGAAUAGCUGCUUAGAUGUACAAAUAUGUUUUAUCAUAUGUACAGCAAUAUUGGCACGCGUUAACCAAACCCCCAUUACUUAAUCAUAUAAUGACAUCCUCUCUCCUCCUGUCCCCCAACCACUUCCACACACAUACAACCCCCUUUAAAUAAGCAAGUCUUAUAUGAGCCUUAAUGUAAGAACUAAUUUUCUUAUGUUAAAGCAUUGUGAGCUUUUAGGGAAAAACUUUCUUGAAUUUUAUUUUUCUUUCCUGUAAUUGCCCUAGGGUAAAGCCUUUUUGUUGUUCCAGCUCAGACUUGGCCAAGAGAGACAAAUCACACCUGUGCUUAUUUGUUUUACACCAUAAAUUUCAAAUAAUGGGAAUCUCAGUAGGGUUCGUGGGCCAGUAAAUCACAUGCAAGUGCACAUAGUUGCAGAAGUACCUAUGACUGCAUUCUCAGAAUUCCAAUUGGCACUUCUUGGCCAUACUUUCUCUUCCCAAUUAGCUACAUGUUCUCAGGAAAAACAGGCAGGCAUGUUCAUGUCAGGUGGUCUCUUACCUGGGGUGAGCUGCUUCUGGGUAUCACAGUUGGCAUUCACUUCAGAAGGCUAAUUCUCUUGAGGAUGAAGUUUCCAGACUUGUUAAUGUAGCGUUUUUCUUUUGGCCACUCUGGGUCUCCCUUCCUGGUUAGAUUGCAAAGAAUAGCAGUGUUCAGUUGAGCAUUUUAAUCUAGUCUCAUGACAAAGCCAAGAGAAGUUGAGAGGUGGUUUUUUUUGGGGGGAGGUAGGAGAAGGGGGGGGUCUUACUGUAGAUUAUCUGUCCCUGAGGAAAAGCUCCAGGACAAUCAUUGAAAGUCCUCGUGUUUGCAGUGUUGCAAGUCUAGGUUCAGUAUAGACAAAUCAGACUAAUCAGCAGAUCAGGAGUGUAUUCCAUUGGUAGAAAGGUGGGGAGCACAAAAUGGUUUUAUUGGUGGUAUCUAUAGUGAAAGUAGAGAAACGAAAUUUGCAGACUUAAAAUUGAGGUGCUUUUACCAGAAAAUCAAUAGCUGGAUUUCCCAGUUUAAUUGAAAAUUGCAGAUAGUUGCUCUAGUGGCUCUUGCCACCAGUGGUCUAUAUAUCCCAAUGGAUGGCACAAACAAAUUCAAAAGUUUUGUACUUUAGGUUAUUUUUCAGAAUCCAGAUUGGACACUCAUCAAUGGAUAGACAAGAGUGACAUCUCUUUUGGGGAUUUCCUUCAGUGUCUAUUCUAGAAAACUAGUAGAGAAGUUUGGAGUAGACUGUGUUAUAUAGGUAGGGUCAUAGCCCAGUCACUGAAAAACACUCUGAACUGAGAUGGCAGUGGCACAAAAUGGGAACUACUUAGGGUAAUAAAACUGCAUUCCAAUUGUUUUUUCUGUUAUUCUUCUUUCCAGGAGCUAUUUUGAACGAUAAGUAUUCUCAGUUUUGACCUGCCUUUCCCAUACUGUGAAAAUAUUGAUCUAGAAAUGGGUUAGAGAUAAGAAGUGGUAGGGUCAGUCCUCCAGGUCAGAAUAACUAGGAAUUGUCUUUUUGUCUUAGCUGUCCACCCUCGUUGGUUUAUGUGGAUGUAGAGCACACUUCAAAUGCAAGGGGAAAAACCUGAAAUGCCUUGGAUGAUUUUCAGUGGCAAAACUCAAGAGUCAAGUGUUCCCAAAUAAGGGGCAAAAAAGUCUCUAGGUAAAACCUCUCACCGUCAAUGUUUCAGAAUGACUAAUUGUGUAGGUGAGCUAAUUGAAGUAUUUAUCCAUAUUAAGUUAGAGAAAGUAGAUUAUAUUUAUGAAAUUCUACCUAUUUAGUGAAUUAAAAUCAUAGUAGAGUGUGUAUGUACAUAUAUAUGUGUAUGUAUGUAUUUGUAUGCAUACAUAUAUAUAUACACACACACACACAUGCACAUAUAUCUAUAUAUAUAUAGAUAGAUAACUUUAUUUUCAUAAGUGCCAGUAGUGUGUCAUCUAUAAAGCUUGUGCUUGUGAGCGCUACUCACCUAACCUCCAGAUGUAAGGGUGUUUUGGGUUUUUUAAUACAUGAGGUACAAAACAUUUCUGAAUACACUCACCCCUUCUUAAGUUCUCCUUCAAAGGAGACACAGCCUUUUAGGAGUUUGAUGGUUUUAUUUCUCUUUAAUGAACAGUCUUCUCAUUGGACACAUAGGCCUUUUUUUUGGAUCCAGCCUGCGAAUUGGAUUCUUACCUCUCUAUGUGAUUGCUGUGACUCUACCCUUUUGUGUUAGUGUCCAUAAGAAAUGGGUUUUAAUGGCCCAACUCGUUGCUUUGUGCUGCAGUCUGAUUCAGUGGCUCUAUGUAUGCUAAUGAACAGUAAUUCUCUUUCCUUAUUUAAAAAAAGUCUCUCUUACUGGAAGUAGGUGAUUUGCUCUGAUGAUAGUGUUAUUCAAGUAUUAAGUUUGUGCUAAAAUCCCAUUGCCAUUUGGUACAAAUGACUUUUGUUCUUUCUGUGAAAGAGGUGAAAUUCAGUGUGUUUGUACACCAACCCUUAAGAUGGUGUGUUAAUGAAGAUAUGUUAUUCCCAUUUAUUUGAAGUCAUGUGAGAAGCUGUGUGUUUCAGCAGUAAUGGGAGAUAUUAAGGAAUGUUGGAGUGCAUAUUUGAUCAGUCUUAUUUUAUUGCACGCCUUCCUUAUCUCCAGUGUUUCAAUAGCUUGAAUUUCCUUUAAAAAUAAUAAAAUCAGUCUUAUUAACUUUACCAAUUGCUUUUAUAUCCAUGUGCUUUGAACUUGUACUUCUGCAAAAUGUAAGAUUUGUCCAUUGUUGAUCAGACUGUCAUAGAAGUACAGGUAUGGUGGUCCCAGAGCAUGCAGAUUUAGCCCUUUCAAAUCCUUUUACUGUGUUUAGAUAGAACAGAACGUUUCCAUAGUUUUCAACUGGGGGGAAAAUUUCUUGCUGUUCAAGUGCCCUGAAAUGACAACUGCUAAUUUGUAUGGAGCUUCAGAAGAGACAGCUAAUUCAACGGAAAAGUCUGGGCUGUUGGUCCAGCCACUGAAGUCACUUCACCAUUCUAAGCCUCAUUGCAUCUUCAAGGGCCCUUAAAGAGUCCUAUAGGAAAGGUGCACUUAAAAUUAAAAACAAAACAAAACAAAUAGCUUAUAAAGCAAAUUCCUUCUCUUAUGAAAGAUGGUGAAAGUGCAACUAUUCAAGAAAUGUUAUCAGCUUUGAAGUGGUAUAUUUUGCUCUGUGAAGCUUGAGUUUCCUGUGUUCAGUUCUGCUUUGUUGGGUGAAACUGGUUCAAAACUUAAUUUUUCUUAGAAGCAAGAUGAAAACUGUUAUUGUUGGUUUGUUUUGAAGGUGUAUGAAAAGAGGGGACUUUUCAGUGCUUUCAAUUAAUUAAGUUGAGAUUAUGGUGAAGUAUUUGAUUGUUGGACAGCAAAGACACUAAUGAGUUCUUUUAAGUUGUCUAAAAUGAAUCUGAGCAUCAGUAGGAUACUUUGGGUUUGGUAAAGAGACUGCAUUAUCUCGGGGUAAAUGGCUCACAUUUUGGUGCAGUGUUUGAUGUUCAAAACAAAAUGUUCCGAUAAUAAACAAAUGUAAACUAAA